GUAGAUCUAUAUGCUUUGUGAAACGUGCCUUGAUUUAUGCAUUCCCGGAAGCACUUGGAUAAAACAAGAAUACGCAUUUUAUUUCUUCUUUUUUUUUUCCACUCUUAAACAUGAAGAUAACCUUAGCUCAUAUCGUGUUUUUGACAUCUGCCAGUGUAUUUGGCUUUGAAUUAAACAAGGCUGCUCACCUGAUAAAGAAACCCAAUGUUCAACUUAGGACACCAAUCCAUGCUGCAUCAAGCAAUAGAACUUUAACUACUCAAAAGAAUGCUAUCGAAUCAAACUAUUGUGUCGUAUUCGAAGAUCACUUUGAUACCUUCAACUUUAAGAAUUGGCAGCACGAGAUUACUCUCAGUGGAGGCGGUAAUUGGGAAUUUCAGUAUUAUGCCAAUAAUAGAUCAAAUAGCUUUGUAGAGGAUGGUAUAUUGUAUAUCAAGCCAACAUUGACCUCUGAUUUCCUUGGUGAAGACGCCCUAAAAGAAGGUGGAAAGAUAGCCUUGUACUCUGGAUCACCAUCUGAAGAUUGCACAGGUAAUUCAAACUUUGGAUGCGAAAGACUAUCGGGUGCUCCCGCAGGUGGAGUCUACAUUAACCCAGUUCAAUCAGCUAGACUAAGAACAAUCAAUUCAAUGUCUCUUCGCUAUGGAAAAGUCGAAGUGAGGGCCCGACUUCCUGUUGGAGACUGGCUAUGGCCAGCCGUUUGGAUGUUGCCAAAGUAUUCUGCCUAUGGUAGCUGGCCAGCAAGUGGCGAAAUAGAUAUUAUGGAAUCUAGAGGAAAUGUAAGAUACCCUUAUGGAAACGUAUCAGCCGUGUUAUCCACUCUGCAUUGGGGGCCAAAUCCUUAUUUGAACAAGUACUCCUUGACACAAGCUGAAGUGCAUUCAGCCAAUGGCACCUUUGCUGAUAAUUUUCAUACUUUUGGACUCGAAUGGACAAAGGAAGGUUUAAGAACCUACGUUGACAAACAGACUGUACUAGAAGUUGAUUUUGAUAAAACAGCAUGGGAAAGAGGAGAAUUUGAUGAAAAGACUACAAUGAAUCCAUGGAAAGGAGGUGAUAUAUCUGCACCUUUUGAUCAAGAGUUUUAUUUGAUAAUUAAUUUGGCUGUCGGUGGUGUCAAUGGAUUCUGGCCGGAUCACCCUUCAAAGCCCUGGAAGAAUGAUGAUCCUCAUGCUCCUAAUAAGUUUUAUGACUCAAGGCAAAAGUGGCUACCAACAUGGGGUAAAGGUAAUAAGCGUGCACUGGCUGUUGAUUGGGUUAAAGUAUGGUCGAUGGAGAAGAAUGCGUGUGCUGAUAAGGAAUAA